UAACAUUUCAAAAACAAGAUGGCUGAUGAUUCUGGGACACCAUUUUUGAGUUAUUUCUCCGUCUGUGCUCGAGCAAGAGCUAGUAAAGAACGAAAUGAGAGGAUGAAACAAAAGGCUGACCUUUUAGACUCUAUUUUCAAACCAAUAAACACGGAGAAACUUGACAUGUUAAAGAAAAAUUGCAUGGCUACAGUGACAAACAAGAAAGGAAAGUCCAUUCGACACUCAAAAGCUAUUAGAUUAUCUAUUUCUUCAUCAGAAGAAGAAGAUGAUGACACUCAUCAUUCAACUUCACUGAGUCUGUCUGAUGACAGCUAUCAGUCAUCAAUGGAAGACCAAAAUGAAGAAAAGUCAACAAGAGAAGAAGCUGCUUCUCUACUUCCACCCAAUAGUACAUUUUAUCCAUCCUUGCACCAACACCGUAUGUCCUUUCCAUCUAUUCCCCUUCUCACUUUGCCACAAGCAGCAGCAUCGAUGCCUUCACCAUCACUACCUCUUACAAUGUCACCAGAUAUCAGUCUAGAAUCAUUCACUACAUCAUCAUCAUCUACUCCAAUACUUACAUCAAUUAUGGCACCAAUUUACACAGCUGCAGCACCGGUAUCAACAAACGUAACAUCAUCUGCUGCUCCACUAGUUUCAACCGUUACACCAAUAUCUACUGUUGUACCUCCAGUCUCUACUCUCUUUAAUGCAGCAUCCUCCAUCACUCUGGUAUCAACACCCAUUAGUAUGAUGUCCAUUCAAACAUCUACAGAAGAUAUUACAGCACCUAUACCAUUAGUAUCUACUGCUGCAGCAGCAGCGUCUACGCCAUUUAUUUCUGUUGCUCCUCCUAUGGCAUCCAAUGUAUCAGUGUCAAUGGCUUCCAAUGUUCACAGAGCCUCACCUUCUCAGUCCUCUUCCUUGUCCUCUUUAUUGGAUCAACCAGUAAUUAUUGAUGUAAAACAGCAGCCACAAGAGCUCAUUGUAUCAUUGUCACCAUCAUCAGUAUCAAGCAUUGAGGGACAUCAUAGUGUGGAGCAGUUCACAUAUGACAACAAAGAUGCAUCUAAUGAAAAUAAUGAGCUUCUUGAUGCAUCUAAUGCACAGAAAGGCAGCAAAGAAAAAGAGGAAGAUGGUGAUAAAAGUAGCUUGUCUAGUGAGUCUGAUUUCUGGGAGACUCCUUCAACUGCCCCAGUAAUGGACAGGCUUCAUACUCAUCCUGACACAGUUGAUGAUAAAACUGCAUCACCUAAUGCUGGUAUUACAGCAACUGAUAAUAUCAAUCCUACUACUCCUGAUGAUACCAAACAGCAUAAAUCCAGCCUUCAGUCACACUCAGGCUCUACUUCAUCUGUUGAUUAUAAUCCAAAGAAUGCUACCAUGGCUGCCUUCUCAUUGCUCCACACUCUUAAUGCACAACUUAGACGAGAUCACAAACUAUCAAAGGCCCUAUACCAAACUUCAACAGCUAACAAUAUACAAUCGUCAAUACAACACUCAUCCGUUCUCAACUCACUUUUAACAAAGAGAGCAGAGUUAGGUAAGGAUAUGACAACUUGGGACUCGGGCACACUUUUGUCAGUUCUGAUCACUUCACUUCAUGAAGUAAUAGCUCAACAUGGCCCACCAGUAUUGAAAACUGAUGAUAAAAUGGUGCAGAGAGCAAGGUCAGAUGAUGAUGAUGAGGGAUGGUCCACUCUGUUGCCACUGCUCUUGGAACAUGUCAGACUCCUCUUCCAAUGUGGUACACUACUUGAAAAGAUUGCUCAAGUUUUUUCUCCAGUUUUACAAAUAGAGGAAAAUAAACUUUUGACAUUCUUUGAACGAGAAUGUGGUGCAGAAGAAAUAUUUUCUCUCACUCCAUCUUCUAUAUCAUCAUUAUCUCAAGAAAAUGAAGCUGAAGUGAACAAAAAGCAAAGUGCAUAUCAUUCAUUAUUGCAAUCUUCAGUCCAUUCUGAUGUCAGUGAUUCACUAAGUGAAGAUUCUGCCGUACUGGCUCUUCAGUUAAAAAGAGAUACUAAUACAAAACCUUUUGGUGGCAUUAAUGUAAUGACAGGAUUUGGAGGAGAAGUAGGCGAUAAAAAAGAUGAAUUUGAUGGUUCCCUUCCUUUACCAUCAUCUCCUCCUUGUGCUCCUCAACCUCGUUAUACAGAACCGCACACUUCAUCAAACCAGGAAAAUACAAGUGGAACUACUGAAAAGCUGAACCAGUCAACACUACAGAAGAGAAUGGGACAACACGAAGUUGAUGAAAUCAUUAGCUCUCCAUUGAGUGGACCCUCAGUUGAUGAUAAUGAUGAUGAUGACUUUGAUUUUUAUAAUUAGAUAAAAUCAAAACCAACAUUAAAAUA